GGGACGGAUGGUGAGGGAAAGGUGGUUCGGCCAAUGGGACGGCGAGGAUGGAGCGGCUUCCGGUUCCGGGGGUAUAAAAGGAAGGGAGCGGGGCGGGGCUGGGCAGUCGGAGGCGAGGCGGCGGCGGCGCAGGUGCAUUCAGCAUGGCAGACGAGGAGAUCGCUGCCCUCGUGGUGGACAAUGGCUCAGGCAUGUGCAAGGCGGGCUUCGCGGGGGAUGACGCUCCCCGGGCCGUGUUCCCCUCCAUCGUGGGGCGCCCCCGGCACCAGGGCGUGAUGGUGGGCAUGGGGCAGAAGGACAGCUACGUGGGUGACGAGGCGCAGAGCAAGAGGGGCAUCCUCACCCUGAAGUACCCCAUCGAGCACGGCAUCGUCACCAACUGGGACGACAUGGAGAAGAUCUGGCACCACACCUUCUACAACGAGCUGCGCGUGGCCCCGGAGGAGCACCCGGUGCUGCUCACCGAGGCUCCCCUCAACCCUAAAGCCAACCGGGAGAAGAUGACCCAGAUCAUGUUCGAGACCUUCAACACCCCGGCCAUGUACGUGGCCAUCCAGGCCGUGCUGUCGCUCUACGCCUCCGGCCGCACCACCGGCAUCGUGAUGGACUCCGGCGACGGCGUCACCCACACCGUGCCCAUCUACGAGGGCUACGCGCUGCCCCACGCCAUCCUGCGCCUCGACCUGGCCGGCCGUGACCUCACGGACUACCUGAUGAAGAUCCUGACGGAGCGAGGCUACAGCUUCACCACCACGGCCGAGAGGGAGAUCGUGCGGGACAUCAAGGAGAAGCUGUGCUACGUCGCCCUGGACUUCGAGCAGGAGAUGGCCACGGCCGCCUCGUCCUCCUCGCUGGAGAAGAGCUACGAGCUGCCCGACGGGCAGGUGAUCACCAUCGGCAACGAGCGGUUCCGCUGCCCCGAGGCCAUCUUCCAGCCCUCCUUCCUGGGCAUGGAGUCCUGCGGCAUCCACGAGACCACCUUCAACUCCAUCAUGAAGUGCGACGUGGACAUCCGCAAGGACCUGUACGCCAACACCGUGCUGUCGGGCGGCACCACCAUGUACCCGGGCAUUGCCGACAGGAUGCAGAAGGAGAUCACGGCCCUGGCGCCCAGCACCAUGAAGAUCAAAAUCAUCGCCCCGCCGGAGCGCAAGUACUCCGUCUGGAUCGGCGGCUCCAUCCUGGCCUCCCUCUCCACCUUCCAGCAGAUGUGGAUCAGCAAGCAGGAGUACGACGAGUCCGGCCCCUCCAUCGUCCACCGCAAGUGCUUCUAGAGGGGCUGCUGGCAGCCACCCGGGGCGCCCCCACUCCCCCCUGUGAGGAGGAGGAGGUGCUGCAGGUCUUCGGGGAGCUCUCCCUUUGCUUCGGACCACUCUUGUUUGACUGUUGGUGUCCUAAUCUGGUGAGGUACCGAGUAGUAACGAGCAGUAAGCAUUUUAACGGCCCUGCCACGAUUCGGCCAGUUUGUGACUAGAGGUUUGGUUUUGUUUUUAGCAGAGGAAGCGCAGCAACCCCUCAGGCUGAGGUUCAGGGGCUGGCGGCUCCUCCUGGUAGCUGCGCUGAGGCUCUGAAGGUAGAGGGAGGGUUGUUCACGUUUCCUGUGUAACACUAAUAGGAUGACACUAAAGUAGGCUCGUCACCUUUAGGUUUGUCCACCUUUAGGUUUGUCACAACUGACUUAUUUGUAGGAAAACAAAUAAAACAUUAGUCUUAAAACUA